ACUUAGUAACAUUGGUUUAAGUGAGGAUAUGUUUGCCGUUGAAACGAAAGCCAUCGUAUUACUAUGGGUGGUUUGCCUGCACGUGGAUGCGGUAUCCGGGUCAUGCGUAGACCUGGACGUAAACGGCUGUCAGACCAACCCGCAUAUUUGUGACGAUGACCUCUUGGCACGGGUAACUUGUCCUGUGACGUGUAAAAGAUGCCCAAAUGAUCAGCAAACGACGCGAGCUACCAGGGCAGCACCAUGCGUUGACAUUGAGCCAAACUGCUUGUUCCUAAACGAUUCAUUCAACUUCUGCGCUGACAUUCAGAAAGCCCGACAACACUGCCAGAGGUUCUGUGGCCUUUGCUUUGCAGCAGACACAACGUCGCAAAUUCCAGCAACAGCAGCAACAAGCCUCCCUCAAACUGUUGGAACAUUGGAUUGCCUGAACUGUAGUGGUAUUUCUUCACCAGCAGAUUGCAACAGACGGGUGACGUGUGCAGCCAAUGAGAUAUGCAACAUUGAAGAGUAUGUCACACCAAACGGAUACAUACUUUACAAUGUCGGCUGUCGGCCAAGACAGUUAUGUGGGUCAGUAGGAAAACGCAGCACCCAAAAAUCGAUCGCCCAGCGAUUUAUCGCAACGAUCUCCUCAUCGCUGCGUUUCUUUACAAGGAACGAAGAUGACACAUAUGACGCAGUAGCUGACGUCACUGCUAAUGACCAAUCAGAUUCUCAGGAUAUAAUUAUAUGUUCUGAAUGCUGCGCUGACCAAAGCUACUGUAAUAGAAAUGGAUGCGGUAACGUUGCAAGAAACCACCCAGACCAGCAAUACUGUGCACUGUGUGAUAACGCUCUGUCCGCCGACCAGUGUGAAACAAUAACACUUUGUAACAGACAUGAGCUUUGCUAUGUUGAGACCAUCAAUUUGAAUGGCGACCCAAGGUACAGACUAGGCUGUAUUCCCCAAGAUAAAUGCAGCCAUGCAAACAGCACCUCUUCCUCCGCCUCGUCCCCCGGGGUACCCUCCCUUGUUGGUAAACGCCAGUUACUACCAUACUGUGCUAAAUGCUGCUCCAACACCGAGGGUGUUUGCAAUAGGCAUCUAUGUAGCUCAUCUCAGACGGUGCCUGCGGGAACGAUUCUUAAGGAGCUCGUUGACCCUCCACAGAGGAACGAUUCCUGCACGGAUUUUCUGGAAAGUGCUUGCCCUCCUCUGAUCCUGAACGAUUACAAACUGUGCCUGGAGCCUAUGUACAAAAACUUCGCCUGUCGGAAGACGUGUGGUAGCUGUCAUACAACAGCAACGACGACUCAGACGCCCGCAACAAUAACAGUGCCUUCGCCGUCAUCUUUGCCUGCAUCAGAUUGUUAUUAUCGAAGUGAAGCGUACAUGGGUCGCUAUGACACCACAGUGACUCAGCAGCCCUGUGUUAGGUGGGACGCGGUUUCCGUACUCCGAGGACAAAACCUUAGCUUUCCUGACGGUGGCAUUGAUAGUGCAGACAGCUUUUGCAGGGAUCCGAAUAAAAUGUUAGGACAUCCAUGGUGCUUUGUAUCAUCGACAACAUUCGAAUGGCAGUACUGUCCAGUCCCUUUAUGCCAAGAAUGCUAUUACUCUAACAUAAGCUUUGCAUUUGACGGAUUCACCGAUACAACGACCGACGGGAAUCAAUGCAUGUUAUGGACCGAUGCGGCAAAAAUAGCUCCUCCAACAUUACCUAUCGGGGAAAACCUUUUCCCUUCCAAAAGUUUAACCGCGGCAGGCAAUAAAUGUCGGGAUCCCUACCGCAAAGGUCAACAGCAGUGCUAUGCCCACGAUGUGUUGAAAAACUGCUCCGUACCCGCAUGUGUCGACGGGUGUAUGGACAAAGGAACACUUAACUGUGCAGGUCUCAAGGCGUUUGUGUGCCAGUCCGAAUACCUCAGCAUUACACAGUGUGCUAAGACGUGCGGGAAAUGCGGUAAGUAG